GUGCGCCAUCGGGGACCUCGGCGCCGGACUCGGCCAGCGCGGCCGCGGGGGCGCGCCGGGCUACGAGGCUUCGCGCGCAGCCCCAGCGCCCAGCAGAGACACUUUACUGGAGCUCUGUUCCAGCCGCGCGCGCGCCGUAGCCAACGCGAUCUUCCAGCGCGCGCAGGAGAGUCAG